UAGGUGUCUUAUUGGUUAUCUGUUGUAAGGUAAAUUACAAUAUAUAACGGCAAUCCAACUGAGCUCAGUCACAUCGGGGUCGAGGGUACACCUAUUCUGAUCACUAGAAUGGAAUCCUGGCUUUUUAAAACAAGGAUGGUAAUUUUCAUCAUUCUAACUGGACAGUGUGAGUGUUCUGUUUGUCCAGAGGACUCGCUGUUAAUGCAGAACAACACAAAGAACUGGUGCAUUUGGUUUGUAAACUCUACAGAAACCCUCGACAGCAUACAAAACAUAUGCAAAGACCAAGGGGGUCUCAUGUUUCCGAUCGAAAAUGCUACAGUUCAAAGCUACCUGGAAAACACUCUUGCGAAGACUUUAAUUGACCAAGGGAUUUACCAAAUAUGGCUGAACUAUAACGUUACCAGCGGUGCUACAUUCGAGGGUGUGCAGCAAACGUACACAAACUUUGAUAACGGAACCACCGGAGAAUGUGUCGGGAUACCUUUAGCACCAGGGGUGUAUACAUGGAGGAAAAUGGACUGUUCUGGGGCGUCGAAAGGAAUUUGCUAUAAAACACUGGAUUGCCCACCACACUCGAUGUUUGUGCUACCAUAUGAUAUAUGUUUCUGGACAACAACUUCCCGAAAAACUGCCAUUGAGGGUUACAAUGAAUGUAUGGCGGACGGUGGUGGUCUGGCUGUUAUUCCCAACGGUGUUGUUUAUAGCGAACUGAAUACAACAUUUAAACAUCAAAUUGUAACUGCACAUUCAACCGUUGGAAACUCCAAUGAUCUGUGGGUUGGAGUUACUGACGUGUGUACAGAAAAUGAUUUCAUCACGUUUGAAGGGGGCACAGUUCCUUAUUUCCCCUGGCAAACUGAUCAGCCCAAUGACCCAGGUGAACCAAAUCCUCAAAACUGUGUAAUAAUGAGAAUUGCCGACAACCUUUACUGGCAUGAUAAGGACUGUGACGAACAAAGAAUAUCACUUUGCUCGAAAUCACUGAAUGACACGACGCUACCAACAUUAAAUUUGCCUUGUUUGACAACGACCGCAGUCAUGCCGACAACGGGACAGGUCCUUUGCAAAUUCCCUGCAUACAUCUCCCCGAAUGAUACGGAAACCAUCAACAAAAUGACAGAACAAAUAAAAAAGGAAAUGUUGAUCGAUACGAAAAACACGUCAGUGUAUAGACGUUCCCUGGUUUGUGCUGAUGAUCCUAGGCCGUCCGCAACUUACAUAGGAGUGACAGCAGCCGUAGUGUUAACCUUCAUUGGCUGUCUCCUUAUCUUCCCCGACAUUGUGACGAUCAUCAAGUCACUAACAUUGAAGCUGAGACCGAAACACUAGGAAAAAGACAAAAUAUUACCAACAUCUAAAAAACAUCAUUACCCGAGUCCUGGUAUUGUACCAAUACAGUAGCAAAA